UAGUGGAUUGGAUGGUUCAUAUCAUCAUUUAUGAUCAACUUGAAUGUGUUCCAUAAGACCAUUACUCAUUCUUCUCGAUUAAUUUGUACUGCAUCUAAUUCAUAGCCAGAUUCAGUUUUUGCACAAGAACAAGUAGUUUUAGUUAUGGCUGCUAACCUCGAAAUAACUUCAGACGUUAUUGACCACUCGGAACAGCAGCAAUCCGGAGUACAAGCUGCAGCCCAUCCAGACUCAGAUUCAGAGACUAUUCUGCUAUCAGUGAAGGACUACAGUAUUCCUGAUGCUACUGUAAGGUCAACAAAAUGGAGAUUUGUUGGUCUUGUGUGGUCAGUCAAGAAACUGGUGCAUUUGCUGUUUCACUGCUUCUCUAGUCACUGGAAAAAGAUAUUUGUCGGAUCGUGUGUGCUUGCUGUUUUAAUGGAUCCUUUGUUCCUCUACAUUCCUUUCAUAAACAAUGACAUCAAUUGCUUAGGGGUCGACAAGGCAUUGAACAAGAUUGCUCUUGUGUCACGUUCCAUCACGGAUUUCUCUUAUCUUGUGGACAUUGUUGUUCAAUUUUAUACAUUUGAGACGAUUUGGCGAUCAUACAUCCUAAUUGACAUUUUAGCUAUUCUUCCGCUUCCGCAGAUUUUAAUUCUCUAUUUCGUAACAAACGCGAGAGGAUGGAUGUCUUUGAAUACAAUUAAGAAGGUCAUGAUGAACUCUUUGGUUCUGCUGCAAUAUGUUCCACGAAUUCUUCGCAUCUACUUCUCAUGCAAGGAACUUAAAGAGACUCAUGGAGAGAUUGGACUCUGGAUUAAAGGUGUACUCAAUUUCUUCUUAUACAUCCUUUCAAGUCAUGUACUUGGAGCUUUGUGGUACUUCUUUGCAAUUCAAAAAACGACAGGUUACUGGCAAUUUUCAUGUUCACAUCUUCCAGGAUGUGACCUUUCGGUGUUUAAUUGUGAUAAUACAUCUAGAAAUUCCACACUUCCAAAUGGUUGGUGCCCUAUAAAGCCACCAAAUGCAACAGAUUUUGGUAUAUUUAGUGGAGCUCUUGAGUCUAAUAUAUCGGGGUCCAAAAAUCUUCCACAAAAGUUCUCCAAGUGUUUUUGGUGGGGAGUGCAAAACUUGAGUUCUCUUGGUUCAAACCUCGAGACUAGUAGCGAUACAGGGGAAAAUCUUUUUGCAGCUUCUAUCUCCAUAAUUGGCAUGCUACUAUUUUUAUAUCUCAUUGGAAAUGUACAGACAUAUAUGCAGUUGAACAGUGCAAGAAGAGAGGCACAUAGCCACAAGAUGAGAAUUGAAAGAAAGUUGGAAGAGAAAGAUCCGGAGAUAGAAUCAUGGUUAUCUGUAAAUUCCCCAUUCAUCCCUGUAAGUUCGAAGAAUAAUGUAAAGUCGCAGAUCAUGAGAAAGGUAAAACAAGAACUUGAAGGAAAUAGGGAUGUGGAUGUGGAGGAUAUCCUCUCUAUUCUUCCCUCAGGACUUCAAAGCUAUAUCCAAAGCUUUACGACUUUGAGUAAGCUAAAGACGGUGCCAAAGCUUCAAAAUAUGGAUGACAUGGUGCUGCAAGAAAUAUGUAAGCAUCUUAAGCCCAUGAGCUUUACUUCAAACAGCUAUAUAAUUCGAGAGAAGGAACCACUUGAAAUGAUGUUGUUGAUCAUGGACGGAACUGUAAAGGUUGAAAGCAUCAGUAAUGCUUCUGCAUCAACCAUGCGUGAAAGAGGAGAACUAUGCGGAGAAGAACUUGUAGAUUGGGCAUCAGAUCCAUUGUUUCCUACCAUAUUACCCUUUUCCAUCAUUACUGUCCGGGCCAUGAAUAAUGUCGAAGCCCGAGUUCUCACGGCAAGUGACUUGUAUACUGUAGUCUGUUUAUUCUGGCAGCACUUCAGUGAGAGCGUGUUCGCCGCUCCACCAGACCUUGUUAGGUUUAACAGACUAGGCCUCGGUAAUUUGCCCCAACUCAGAGCUGCACUGAACAUUGAAAGGGUGUGACAGCUAUGGAGGUUGUAUGGUUUAUAUUGUAGCAUAAGCUUACCUAAUGUUCUGGCACUUGUAUGUGAGGCAUACAUUUGUGUAGUAAGAGAACAUUAUUCAAACUAUUGAUUUGUGAAUGUGGCUAUUUUUUUCUGUC